GUGGAUCGAGCCCAUACAAGGUGUUGGACAUGGUGCUUUAAAUGCAACUACUUAAAACAAGACUGAUUUGCAUAUAAGUUGAAAGAUGAGACUUCAUUCUAUCAAAUAUCAUUAAUAUCAAGUCAUGAUCUACUAUCAUAGCUAUGUGGUGCGACCGUAAAGUGAACAAAGUCAAAAUCAUGGAUUUUCUGACUUCUGUUUGUAUUGUCAAUUUAUCCAAUUUCGUUAACUCGUUUUAUGUUAGUACUUAAUAAUGUAUUAGUUUAUACCAUUAUCUUAAUUUGUAUGUUAAAAUGAGUGCCUAAAAAACUUCUAGCUUGGCUAUUUUGACGUAUUUUUAAAAGGUAUUUUUUGAAAUGAAAACUGCGUAUUUUAGUUGACAUCUUGGGCAAUCUUUAACAAACCAUGAAUGAGAGAUGAUAGAUGACAAUGUGGGCGAUAUUAUUACUCAGUUUUUGGACCCUUAUUCAUCCCUAUUUUCUAGAAAAUAACAAAAAACCAAAAAAAAGCGCCUCAAUUUUCCACAGAGCAAAAUUCACUUUAGUCAAAUUCGUUACACUAAAAUAAUGUCAGGUAAACCAAAGAUGUUUAAUUUGGUUUAAAUGAGUUGUUUGUGAUAUAUUAUUUUAAUUUAAAGGCUUUUAACGGGUUCGACAUGAUGUCAGUGAAGAACAUAAAAUAUGGUUCGCGAAAGUUUUAAACAUUACAAGAAUUUUAUUGUAUGUCAAUAUUUUUAUCGGUAUACCCUCCUAUAGAUUUCCUUGUUCUUUGCCUCAGUAAUUAUUGUUUACAAAUCAAUUUCGUGUGCAAUUCAGUUAAAAUACUAAUUAAAAUGGAAAACCUCAAGACAAAUAGUGAUUUGUAUGCAUUAUUAAAAACUACUAUGAAAGAUCGCGCUAGUUCUUUGGCUAGGAUAUUAGAGCUGUUUUCGCAUACACUCUCUUCAGAUAAACAGAGGUGAGUACUAACGUAGUUAAUACUUUAUGUACCUACAUAAAGAAAUACUAUAAAACAGACAUAGUAAAAAAUCACAUCAUCACAAAAGAUUGUCGUUGAAUUUAUUACACAUACAUUUCGUAUGUAAAUUUUUUUUAAUUUAUGAUUGUGUUAGAUAGGUACUGAGUUAUACAUUUUAUUUUUCAGACAACUAUCGAAAAAAAUAAAUAAUUUCAUUAACACUGUUUGUCGCAAGAAGAAGCAGUGAGAACCAGUUUUUAGCUACAAACGUAGAUUGGCUUAGUCAAUCUGUUGAUUGGAGUCAGUUUUGUAGUCCGCCAAGUCCAUCUAGUUUACCUUCUUCUUCAAGUACUACUCCACAGAAACAUUUUUUAGAACUAAGUGAUCGCCAGAAGAGACGUAGAACUGAUUAUUUAAAGAAAUCUCCUCAAGAGCAUAUCGAUUACUUAGCAUCAAAAAAUCUUAUGGAUUCCAAUGCAAAGUUUAUUUUUGAUUUCAUUCAAAACCAUCCUGAGUAUAAUGAGGCAAUCAAAAGUUUUUGUGAAAGUCUAUUAUCAAAUGAAACUAAAUCGAUAUGCAAGGAUGAUGCUCUUCGUCUGUACGUAAAUAAUGAUCUUACAAAACAACAAUAUAUUGACAUUAGAUCUACGGUAAAUGAGAUAGCUUCCGACUUAUUACCUAGCUAUUAUCAAAUACAGUUAGCAAAACAGGAUUGUUAUCCGCCCUCUGAAUCAAUAAUUGUAUCAGAGGUUCAGGUAAAAAUUAGAUUACAAGAUAUUCUAGACCUGACUGUUUCAAGAAUAUUGAAAAUGACUAGUAUUAACACUGAGGAGUCUCAUAAAUACACAUUAAUACUAAAAUGGGGGUGUGAUGGUGCUUCUUCUCAGGCUACUUAUAAACACAGCUUCUCUGACCCUGGUUUUGAUGACUCAUCGGUGUUUAUGUGCAGUUUUGUACCAAUCAAAUUGUAUGAUGUUGAUACUGAAUCUGUAAUUUGGCAAAAUCCAGCAACAUCUUCAUCGAGAUAUUGUAGGCCAAUUCUUUUUAGAUUCGAAAAAGAAAAUGAAAGGUUAACAAAGGAGUGUUAUAAUGACAUAAGGGAACAAAUAACCAGUUUGGAGCCUUUUAAAAUUAAUAAUAAUAAUACUGUUGAUUAUAAAUUACAUUUCACUAUGGUUGAUACGAAAAUAUGUAAUGAUUUGACUGAUAAUAAAUCCGCCAUGAAAUGUUUUAUUUGUGGAGCUAACCAACUUUCCAUGAAUAAGCUAGAUUUAAUUAAUACAAAACCACCAAAUGAAGAACACUUUGGGUAUGGGGCAUCAUCACUCCAUGCAUGGAUAAGAAGUUUUGAGUGUAUACUACACAUAGCUUACAAUCUCCCAUUUAAAUCAUGGUCAGUGAGAGGGGACGAAAACAAAAAAAUUAAAGAAGAAAGAAAACAACAAAUACAACAGGAUUUUAGAAGAGAGUUGGGUUUGUUAGUCGAUUUUGUUAAACAGGGCUCAGGAAAGACCAAUGAUGGGAAUACGGCUCGUGCUUUUUUUACCAAUUAUAAGAUAAGUGCCCGUAUCACUGGCAUUAAUGAGCAACUUAUAAAAAGGUUUUACAUCAUACUUCAAACCAUAUCUUCUGGAUAUGAUGUAAAACAUAGAAUCAUUUAAAAAAUACACACAAGAGACCGCGGAAUUUUAUGUUUCAUUAUAUGACUGGUAUCACAUGCCAGUUACAGUUCAUAAAAUAUUAAUUCAUGGUGCUGAUAUCAU